CAUCAGGUGUUAUUUACAAGCCCAGAAUAACUUAAAAUGUCGUCACGAAAGUGCAAAUACGAUGCUGAUGCAUUUUGUUUUAUAUGUGGUCAAUUUAUUAAAGUUCGAGACGUGAAAUAUGAACUAAAGACAUCUCCUGUACGGAAUCAAGAUAAGCCAUGGGCUCCACAUGUUGCUUGUAGUUAUUGUAAAAGGUGUUUGGAAGGUUGGUAUCGAGGUGAGAAAAGGUCUAUGAAAUUUGCAAUACCAAGGAUUUGGCGAGAACCAAAAGACCAUAUUACUGACUGCUACUUUUGUAUGGUGAAUCCGAGUAAAAGACGUAGAGCUCACGACCUGACACGACCAGUACCUGAGCCACCAAAAAAAUUAUCGCAGAAAAGUAGCUCAUCUUUUAGUUCUUAUAAAAGUAAUUCCAAUAAGGAGUUUUUGCCUACACCUGAACAACCAAAACACUAUCUCAUUACUUCAGAAGAUUUUAACGAUCUAAUUAGAGAUUUAAAUUUGCCAAAAAAUAAAGCAGAGCUUCUAGGCUCUCGGUUAAAACAGUGGAAUUUGCUUGAUGAUGUUAAGAUCACGGAUCAGCGGACUAGGCAUGAAAUGUUUGCAACGUUUUUCACGAAGGAAGAUGGACUUUGUUUUUGUAAUGACAUUAAAGGAAAUAAUAAAGCUGAAAACUACGAAAAGUUGGUUGAGGAUAUGCUUACAAAUUUUAAGGCCAUGGGCUGCAGGAUGUCAUUAAAAGUACAUAUGCUGCAUGCUCAUUUGGAUAAAUUUAAAAACAAUAUGGGAGCCUAUUCCGAAGAGCAAGGAGAACGUUUCCAUCAGGACAUCAUGAAUUUUGAACAACGCUAUCAAGGCCAAUACAAUGAAAACAUGAUGGGCGACUAUAUUUGGGGUUUAUUGAGAGAAAGUAGCUAUGAACAUAAAAGAAAAAGUAAAAGUGUGCACUUUUAAGUUAUUUUCCACUUUUCUGUAAGCUAAUUUGAUAGUAAAACUUAAUAAAAAUAAUAAACAUUUUUA